AUUCACGAGUGAAACGAGGCGUUUAAAAGCGCGGAGAAGAGGAGAUGGCAAUGGCGGUGUUGAGUUUCUGGUCUUUUUCCCCAAAUCAUUUUAGGUUUUCCAGAGUUUCUUAUGAUUUAUCUACCGUGACAUUCCUCCAUUUUCCAUUGCGGUAUCUAGCGAAAUCAGAUCAGUAUCAUCCACCUCUCAGAGAUUUGCUGAACAUUAACAGUGAAAGGGAAACAUAAGUGAAAUGCCAUUAGUAUCUGGUUGUUGUGGCAUAAUGGCAUGAAGGGCAUGGAGGUUUACUACUGUUGACUGUUAAAUUUAUUCAACUGGAUAGAACGGGUUUGCGGUUUUCCAAUGAGCUGGCGAAGCUUGAUGUGGCUGUGAAGCUUGUUAUAGACUCUGCAGUGGCUUAUACUAUGGAUGAGGUUGACAAGGUGUUUGUUGGAGCAGAUGGAGUUGUUGAAAGUGGUGGUAUAAUCAACAUGAUGGGAACUUACCAAAUUGAAAUGGUGUGGCUAAGAGUAUGAACAAGCCAGUUUAUGUGGUUGCUGAAAGUUACAAGGCAUUCGAAGGGAGUUUAACCCAUUGAUUCAUAGUGUCACGAGUCUUAGCUUGUUUUAUUAGUCUGGUCUGCCCGCUGCCCGCUUUUAAAUCAUGCUCUCACGCCAAACGGGUCAAUCAUCCCAGACGGAACCUCCAGCUUCUGAGCUUGUUCCAGUCUUAACCAAACGCUUGGUUUUGGAUGGCAACCCUACUUACUUACGCAAUCUGGUUGAAUGUCAAGAAAUAGGCUAUGAACGCGAAUGGGCAGGAAAGGCCUUAACUGUUCGUUCGGUAAACAUCAACGUUCAGUACUUUCGUAACUCUAUCGUUAGUGUUAUGACUAAGGUUCUUACAGCUCGCUACGAGUAUCUCGGCAAGCGAAAAACCGACAUUACUGCGGACAUCACUACUUACGUCUACGCAAAAUUACGUGGUAUCAACCGCUUAUAUGGCCAACACGCAACUAGAUAUGCGACCGCUCCUAGCUACACCAAGGACAUAGAGCUUCCUCUACCUUUGGCUCUCGCCAUUCAGGAAUUCGGCUCUUUUAAUACUCACUCUUUAGAGCGCAACCUAAUCAUGAUUCCAACUUAUCCAGAAGGAACGCAACAUGAAGGCCGAUCCGCUGCAACUUACCCUUCAGUUGAAUAUCUAACUUACGUGUCAACUCUCACUCGCCUCGGAAUUCCAUUGAAAUCCGUAGACUCACGAGUCAAAUCAGGCUCCGCCUGGUGGACAUUUAAACUUCGGAUUAUUUCUGAUUCUGUUGAUUUAAUUUGUACUUUACCUCGCAGCCACUACUCAGACAUGAGCGUACAGCUUAGAAUGUUGUUCAUCUCUAGCGACGACGAGCAUCCUCCACAGGACAUCAUUGCUCUCGACGACCCUCAACCCAAUUACGGCACACUUGCUAGCCUUAUCACUCAGCAAUUCAACAGUCGCACCUUUUUGGCAAUCAUCCAAGGUCCAAAAGAAGAAUGGGACUUCGGCUCAGUCUAACUUUCAGUUCAAUGUAAUUUGAACAAUUUUAUUCUAUUGCACUGAAUUCUACAGCGCACAUCUUUCGUGCAUUUUUGUAAUUUUAAAACACUUUGUGGGUUUUGAUUUACAGAUAACUAUUUAUAUUUCGUU